AUGAGUAGUCCACGUAAAUUCGCUGAGAAAAUCGCUCUUAUUCAACAGAAACAAGCGGAAGGUGACGCAGCAUUUAAGACAAUUAUUAAUGAAGUCGAAGCUGCUAAAAACGGAGCAGAUCGUGCGUCAACAAUAACAUGUAAAUUGGAUGCACCAGUGCGAAGAUAUGAAAUAGCGAAUGGGAUAAAUAAUUCAGAUAAUUAUACUUAUAUCAAUCAAUGCAUGAAAAAUGAAAAUGGCAAUAGUUCCAAUCGAUUAUUAUUACCACCUGAUAAUUCAUCAUGGCGACGAGUUCAUUCGGAUCCAUCGCUUCAUCAAACUGUGAUGCCAAUAGCUAUUGCACAAUAUCAUGCUCAAAUUGAUAAUGAAGAUAAUAAUCAACAGUUGAACUAUGAUAAUAAUGAUAUUAAAUUUGAUACCAACAUAUACGGUGGUGAACUUCCAAGUUCUCAUCUUUUGCAAGUGUCGAAUUCACAAUUUCAAACUCAACACUAUUACGAUUUAAAUAAUAAUAAUUAUGCUAAUAAUAACGUCAAUGUCUUUUAUCAAUCACCACAAACUCUGUCUAUUCCACAACAAACUAUUGCAUCUUCAACAAAUAAUACUCAACAUGCUGGUUUAAGUCUACGAUAUAGUAGCGGAAAUACAAGUUCAAAUGAUCUUUUGUUACCACCUAAUCAGCAGGCACGUGGUAAUGGUGGCUCAUUACCUGAUUUACGUAUUGGAAGUACCUAUAAUACUCAACAAAUAUCAUUUCCAACAGUACCAUCAUCCUCAACGCCUACAGCCCAACCAUAUUUUCGUUCGUCUUCACCACAACAAAAUAACGAUGCCGAUUUAUUUGCAUUGUGUCCACAACAACAACAACAACAACAACAAUUAAUAUCAAGAAUAGGUCCAUUGAAACAAAGUUCAAGUAUGCGUCGACGUCAUAGUCCAAUUGGCGAUCAUAAACAAUCGUCACCACGUCGACAACAUUCACCAUCACCCGAUGUUUCCACAAAUCAGCAGAAUCAUUAUCGAAUGGAGCCACAAAGUCCUCAAUCUCAACCCAGUUAUUCACCGCAAAACUCUCCAAAUUUCUUGCCAAGUCCCAGUAAUGAACUGACACCAUUUUCACCGCCACAGCAACAACAACAACAACAGUCUACAGAUAAUCAGAAAACUUAUUUUACAUUACCGAACCAAUUUGAUCAAAUUACGUUGGAAAAUAAUUUUUAUGCUCAACAAAAACCAUCUUCACCUUCAUCACAACAACAACCACAGCAACAACAACAACAACAAAUGAAUUUUUAUCCGUUAUUCAUGGAUGAUAUGUCAUUGCCGUAUUCGCAUAAUCAAACAGCAAUGAAUAUAACGACAACCAAUCAGAAAAGUCCAACUAUUCCAAAUAUAAUUUUAACAGAUGUUGAUAGUUCAAAGUUAGAUUUAUCGAAAGAAUUGGACAAUGAUUUUCCAAAUUCAUUUGAUAAUUUACUUGACUCAACUGAUUUACAGUUGAAUCCCGAUGAUUUCUUGCUCAAUGCGGCUGAUCUUUCCAUUGAUCCAAUUAAUUGUGAUGAUACAUUUUGUAUGGAACGCUAA